AUGCAACCCUUCUCAGCCGAGCUCUUAAGUAUUCUAGUACUUAUUUCUAUAUCAUGGUCAGGUGUAAUAUUUAUUGCUGUAGUAAUUCUUAUAAUUUUUCUUACUUGCAAAUCAUGUUCAAAACGCCGUCGUCCUGGAUUUAUUCAUCCAAAACAGACACAUUCACCAACUAUAUCGGUUUCAGAUAGUAAUGAUAGUGUAACAAAAACACCUCUACCAACUGAAUAUCUCCCGCAUGGAACUAAUAAACAGAAACUGCCCGAAAAACAUCACUAUUUGGAUGACACAAUUAGUGUUACGAAUGAGCAUACUAAUCCUUUUUAUAAUAAGAAUACAAAAAGUCAACAAAAAACAUAUACGCAUGACAACAAUGACAGGACGACAACAACAAUGCAUGAACAUGGAACAAAUAACCGAAAUUAUCAUGUACGACGACCCCACAAUCAAACAGUUCAGCCAAUAAGUAAUGUUCCAGCUGUAAAUCGGCCUACACCAUACCCUCAAGAUGUUAUUGCUCGUGAUCGGCUAAUGAAUCGUAAUCGAUUUCCAAUAGACCUUAGAUAUUAA